CAGCACACGCUUCCGCUCGGCAUUUACCCGCACGCGAUCUUACCUCCCUCACACCAGUUUGGUCCUUCCUCCCGUCCAUCGUCUCUCUCAGAUCCCAAUCUCUCUCUCCCUCCGUCUGUUUGGAGGUUUCCGCCCCGCCCUCGUCUUCCCCUCGUUCCGUUACCGGCCCUAACCCUAAAUCCAUGUCGUCGUCUCCGCCUUUCGUCUCGGGACAACCGCGGCCGCGACCCGGCUUCGCCCCAUCGACCAAUCCCAAUGCCGCCGUCUCCACCUAUAACCCCCAGAUCGGCCGCUCCCCACCCCCCACCAGUGCCCCCCGCGCCGCGUCGCCGUCGCCCUUCUCCGCCUCCUCCCUCCCCGGCCCCCCUCCCCCUUUCGCGUCUCGCCCGCCGCCGCAGGGCCCGGCUGUCUUGUCUCAGGGUCUGAUCUCCAGCAACGGGCCUCCCGUUGCGGGCAUCGCUUCGCAGCGGUUCCCUCCGCCGCCUCCUGUGCAGCAGACGCCGCCGGUGGCCGCCCCGGCGUCUAUCAGGGCGCCUCCGCUGUCGGCUGCUCCUUCCCAGGCUCCAGGCGUCCAGUCGUUUCCCGGGAGCCCGCCUGCUGUUACUCCUGCAUCGUUGCCGUUAAUGGGAUCGCCGGCCUCGCAGCCGUUUAGUAGACCACCGCCAACGCAUACACCGUUCGCUGGACCGCCAGCCUCGCAGCCACCCUUCGCUGGACCGCGGACGUCGCAGCCGCCCUCGGCAGGACAGCCUACCUCACAGCCGCCCUUCCCGGGACCGACGACCUUUCAGCGGCCUUUCGCCGUACCGCCAUCCUCUCAGCCACCCUUCGGCGGACCACCAACCUCACAGCCACUCUUCGCCGGGCCUCCAACCUCACAGCCACCCUUCGCCGGACCGCCAAACUCUCAGCCACCCUUCGGUGGACUGCCUUACACCGGGCCGCCAACCUCACAGCCAUUUGGUGCGUCACCGACCGUGCAGCCGUUCACUGGGGCACCGUACGCAGGACGACCAUCCUCACCAUCAUAUAUGGGCCCACCAUCUUCUCAACCAUUUUCAGGGCCCCCAACUGCGGCCGCUCCUUUCGGGGCUCCGGCUUGGUCGUCACAGCCACGGCAGGUGGCCCCAUCCAUGCCUGGUGCUGUGCAAGCGCCUCCUACAAUGUUUGGCAUGCCACCAAGCACGCCAGGCCAAUCGAUGCCUCCCAUUCCACCUGCUUUGGGUCAUUCGUCUCUUGCAGGUCCUCAGGCCUCAACACCAUCAAAGGUAGAUCCAAACCAAAUUCCACGACCAAUGCCAAGUUCCUCAGUCAUACUCUUUGAGACUCGUCAGGGAAAUCAAGCAAAUGCUCCUCCGCCUGCAACUAGCAAUUUCAUUGUCAAGGAUAAUGGUAAUUGCAGCCCUCGUUUAAUGAGGUGCACCAUGAAUCAGAUACCAUGCACCGGAGACCUUUUGUCUACAUCUAGCAUGCCUUUGGCAUUGAUGGUGCAACCGUUGGCACUUCCACAUCCUUCCGAGGAGCCCAUCCAAAUUGUGGACUUUGGUGAAAGUGGACCUAUUCGGUGUUCUCGAUGCAAAGGUUACAUAAAUCCUUAUAUGAGAUUCAUCGAUCAUGGACGAAGAUUUGUUUGCAAUUUAUGUGGCUUUACCAAUGAUACUCCGCGGGAUUACUACUGUAAUCUUGGACCAGAUGGAAGACGCCGUGAUGCUGAUGAAAGGCCUGAACUUUGUAGAGGAACAGUUGAAUUUGUUGCUACCAGGGAAUACAUGGUUCGUGAUCCAAUGCCUGCCGUCUUUUUCUUCCUCAUUGAUGUUUCAAUGAAUGCUGUACAAACGGGUGCUACUGCAGCAGCUUGCAGUGCAAUCAGUCAGUCUCUUGCAGAUCUUCCUGAUGGUCCGCAGACAAUGGUUGGGAUUGCAACUUUUGAUUGCACUAUUCAUUUCUACAAUCUAAGACGUGCCUCACAGCAGCCUUUAAUGCUCAUUGUUCCUGAUGUUCAUGACGUUUAUACACCCCUUCAAACAGACAUAAUUGUUCAACUUACUGAGUGCCGCCAAGGUUUGGAGCAGUUGCUAGAGAACAUCCCAAGCAUGUUCGAUAACAAUAAAGUUGCUGAGUCUGCAUUUGGUGCGGCUAUCAAGGCUGGGUUCCUGGCACUGAAACCCACAGGUGGAAAACUUCUUGUGUUUCAGUCAGUUUUGCCAUCAGUUGGUAUUGGGUCUCUUUCUGCCAGGGAGGCCGAGGGAAGAACAAAUGUUUCUGCUGGUGACAAGGAAGCUCAUAAGUUUCUCCAACCAGCAGACAAGACAUUGAAAACAAUGGCCAUAGAGUUUGCCGAAUACCAGGUUUGUGUGGAUAUAUUCAUCACUACCCAGACUUUUGUGGACAUUGCAUCCAUUUCUGUUGUUCCAACAACUACAGGGGGGCAGGUAUAUUAUUAUUAUCCAUUUUCUGCUCUUUCUGAUCCUGGUAAACUCUACAACGAUCUUAGAUGGAACAUCAGUAGACCCCAAGGUUUUGAAGCAGUGAUGCGUGUUAGAUGUAGCCAGGGUCUUCAAGUUCAAGAGUAUUCUGGAAACUUUUGUAAGCGUAUUCCCACUGAUAUUGAUCUUCCUGCGAUUGACAGCGACAAAACCAUCAUGGUCACAUUUAAACAUGAUGAUAAGUUCCAGGAGAAUUCAGAAUGUUCCUUUCAGUGUGCACUUCUUUACACUACUGUGUAUGGGCAAAGAAGAAUUCGAGUUAUGAAUAUCUCCCUUCCUUGCACUACCAUGCUCAGUAGUCUGUUCCGUUCAGCAGAUUUGGAUACUCAGUUUGCUUGUUUUCUCAAGCAAGCUGCAAGUAUGCUCCCUGUGAGCCCUCUUUCCCAAGUACAUGAGCAAAUCACAAACCUCUGCAUCAACAUCCUACAUGCCUACCGAAAAUUUUGUGCCACAGUAUCAUCAGCAGGACAGCUAAUUCUUCCUGAAGCUCUCAAGCUGUUGCCUCUAUAUACUCUAGCAUUGGCUAAAAGCAUUGGGUUGCGAAAUGAUGGGCGGUUGGAUGACCGUUCCUAUUGGAUCAGCCAUGUCGCAUCAAUUUCUAUAUCAUUGGCUAUUCCUUUAGUAUAUCCUAGGAUGUUAUCUAUUCAUGACCUUACUACAAAGGAGGAUGAUGGAUCCCUUUUAGCUUUAAAUAUUCCUCUUUCUAGUGAGCACAUAAAUGAUGAUGGAAUUUAUCUUUUGGAAAAUGGUGAAGAUGGGUUAAUUUAUAUUGGAAACAUGGUCAACCCAGAUACCCUACAACAGAUAUUUGGAGUUUCUUCUGUGGAUGGACUUCCAUCUCAGCUUGUUUUAGAGCAGUUCGACAAUGAAUUGUCAAAGAAACUAAAUGAUGUAGUGAAUGAGAUUAGACAGCAGAGAUGUUCAUACCUACGUUUGCGGCUAUGCAAAAAGGGUGAUCCUUCAGGCAUGCAUUUUCUAUCUUAUAUGGUUGAAGACAAAAGUCCCGGAGGCCUCUCCUAUGUUGAGUUCCUUGUACAUGUCCACCGACAAAUCCAAACAAAAAUGUCUUGAUCCAGAUAUGCAUGUGCAGAAAAUUUUGGUUGUUAUUUGGCUUUUUUUUGGUUUUGUGGAACUUAAACUAAAGUUGAAGAUGGGUUACCAACAGGAGCAUUGGAUGCUUCUGUGCACUAGCUGAGUUCUGUUGCCGCUGAUUCACCUUUCUCGUGAGCCAGAGCAGGUGACAGUUUUCAAUUUUAACUACUGUUAUUACUGGGAGGUAGACCAAACAGAUUAGUUAUAGGUGCAAUAUUUGGCUGUUGUCUGAGGCCCCUUAUUCGAGAUUUAUUUUGAUUUGGUUUAGACUGGGGGGGGGGGUGGGGUUGUAUGAUAUUGAAGCUGAUGUUUGGGGUCUCCAUAAUAAAAGAAAGGUUAAUUACCCCAUCAGAUAUUUUCUUGGGUGAUUAUAUUGUUGGGUUAACAAGUAAACGUCAGGUUUUCUUCUGUAUCUUCAAUUAUCUCAUAAACUCUUAUCUCUGGAAUCAGUCUUAAGGUUACCAUAUUUAAGCAAGCUUGUCAUUCAUGAGUCA